GGUGACAAAAGUCCGGGUGGGCGGGGCCGGAGGUCCGCUCCUUCAGACUGACGAGUCGCUGAGACUGGCUUGUCCACGGGGGGCCGAGAGGGACUGGUGGCGCCGCGGGCGCUCGCACUGCAGUUCAGUUAUCAUCAUUAUUUGAGAUUGGAGCUUACUGGGUUGCUUAGGCCAGUCUCAAACUCCUGGCCUCAAUGGAUCUUCCUGCUUCAGUUCCCAGGUAACUGGUACCAGCUAUUAGCAGUUAUAAAAGAGGAGGAAGCUUCCCACCAUGGAGAAGGUCUUGGAACUGAGGCUAGCGAGACACUGCUACUAUCAGAAGCCAGCUGCCCUUCUGGGACAUCACGUAAAAUGAUGUAACUGAGUGAAAAAGUGGCAGAGAGUCGUCCUCUCCCUGCUCAAGUCGCUAAGCUGCUGUUGUAGUGAGAGAUCUCCUGAGCCCCAAGCUCUACGUCUGCCCUGUGAAGAAGUAGUAGAAGGCUUCUUGGUUGGAGAAAACCAGCUUUUGGGAUUUCAUCUUUUCUUAACUUUGGAAGCUGAAAUCAAGGUGAUCUUCAGGUACCGCUGUGGGUUGUCUUGAAUCUUCACUGAAAUCUUUGCUGGCAGUCAGUAAUGGCAAGUAAGGGGCCCUCGACCUCUACAUCCACUGAGAAUUCAAGUGCAGGGGGCCCUAGUGGCAGCAGCAAUGGCGCUGGUGAAAGUGGGGGGCAGGACAGUACCUUCGAGUGCAAUAUAUGCCUGGACACAGCCAAGGACGCUGUCAUCAGCCUGUGUGGCCAUCUCUUCUGUUGGCCGUGUUUGCAUCAGUGGUUGGAGACCAGACCUAACAGACAAGUGUGUCCAGUUUGCAAAGCUGGAAUCAGCCGGGACAAGGUCAUCCCACUCUAUGGCAGGGGCAGCACCGGGCAACAGGAUCCCAGAGAGAAGACUCCUCCUCGUCCUCAAGGCCAGAGGCCAGAGCCAGAAAAUCGAGGGGGAUUUCAAGGAUUUGGAUUUGGAGAUGGUGGCUUUCAGAUGUCUUUUGGAAUUGGAGCAUUUCCAUUUGGGAUAUUUGCCACAGCAUUUAACAUAAAUGAUGGACGGCCUCCUCCGGCUGUCCCUGGGACACCCCAGUACGUGGAUGAGCAGUUCCUGUCUCGCCUCUUCCUGUUUGUAGCCCUGGUGAUCAUGUUCUGGCUCCUGAUCGCCUAAUACAGGAUUCCUAUUUGCAUCCACAGCAGCACCUCUGGACUGUGAUGUGCCUGCCACACCUGCUCCUGGUGUGUGACUUGUUUAAUCCCAACCCUGGAAUCAAGGGUCAGAAACACAUCAAGGAGUCUUGCUUCUCCAUUAGAGCUUGAACUCAAAACCGGUUGGUGAGGAAUCCCCAGUUUGACUACUGCUGUAAACGCCCUCUAUAACCUCAGGUCUUGUGUUGAAUCACCUCUCAUGGGUGACAAUGUGAAGUCCUGUUGCAGCCUUCACAGCAGGUCCCAGCUCUACAUGGGGAAGAGAUGGGAAGAGAAAAACAGUUUCUUUCACCAGAACUUUAUAUUACAAAAAUGAAGGGAUGAACCAAAUGGUAUUUAUGGAAACUUACUUUCAUCUUUUUAAAAUACCCUUGGUAAGUGGCCUCCACUCCCUAUACUGAGAGAUUCCCUUCCAGAUCCCAGUGCUGCUCUGUCUGCCUUCCUGCCCUCCCCUUUCUCAGCAAAGAAGGUCAUAAUUGCAGCAGCAGAAGCUGAAGAUUCUGUGUGACCUUGUGAGACUCUGGUCUUUGAUUGGCUCCAGGCCUCCCUCAGUGUCUUGACCCCUGGUUUCCUGACCGAUUGUCCCUGGUCACUUGGCUCAAAUUUCCCAUCAGCUUUCUCCUCUAGACUGCUGCAUUUGAGCCAUCUACUGUUUCAGAGCUUUGAUGCAGGGACAGCAGGGCAAGUAGCCCUGCCCCUGGGCUGCAAAGCCUGAGUAAUCCUCUCUCAGAUCUUGCCCAGAGAAACUGGAGGCUUUCUCAGUCAGCCCCGCUACAUGUAGAACUACCAUCCUCAGAAGCCAUUGUCCUUUUUAAAUGAGUCCGGGACUGUCAUUCCACUUGUAGUCCUGGUGUUGGUAUAGCUUGAUGGCUUUACCUGAAAACCCCUUGAAUGUGUGCGGAACCCAAGGACACAUGAGGCUCCCGAGCAAGCAACAACCCCUGGUGAUACAUAAAGGCAAAGGACCACAGCGAUGAAGUGUGGUUUUCCUUUCUUCUUCUCCCACAUUGAUUUGUUGUCGAAAUCAUAAGCUGCUUCCUCUGAACCUGAUUGUGGAGGUGUGGUGCCAGGCAGGAGAAUAGUUCACCUGCUCAGAUGACUCCUGCUCUGCCUAUGAGGCUUCAUCUUAGAAAUGCCCCUUCCUGAAGACCUCAGCCAAGCAGCAAGAUGAACUUCUACUAGAUCUUCUUGUUCACUUCUCCAGCAAUAACCAGAAACUAGGUUCUUGCCUCACCUGAUUUUUCUAGAUAUAGCUCUGCAUAAUCUACAGAACCCUAGACCCUGAGGAUGGUGAGAGAGCCCUCCUCCUCACUGCAUGGUUCCCACCUGCCAAUGCCAGUAUUAAUAUUGAAAUGGAUACAGUAUGAAGUAUUGAGUAGGAGGGUGGCUUGGCAAAUCCAGCUGGUAAGAAUAAGCCACCAACUUUAGUGUGCUGACAGAUUUUAAAUAUUCUUUGUCACAUGGAAAUCCCCAGUUGCAGGGGCCACUGGAGUGUCUCUGUUUUAGAGAGAAUUGGUAGGAUCCUUAGUGUAGUGUAUGUAGCCUUAAGUAGUAGAGGGAAACCCUGAACAACAAGAAAGAAGAGUUCUAAAUAGUGGAGCAAAUCAUUUGGAAUCUGGUGAAAUGGAAUGAGCCCAGGUGUGUGUUCAGCGGAGGUGUCAUCCCAGGAGCAAAGCUGUGAUGGCCGUGUACCCUUUGUGAACAUUACAGGGCUAUACCUCAGCAGCUGAGGCAGGAGAGCCAACUUGGGAGUCCCCUCUCCUGGGUAGGCUAUCCCUCUUUAGGCUCACCACUCCUUCUAUGGCCAAGGUAGCCUUAGCCUCCACCUUUCUGCCACCCCCAUGGACAAGGACAGUCAGAAAAUGGAAACAUGUAAGGCAGCAUACCUUGACCAGCACUGAUUUUCACUGUUGUGAAAGUGAUUUGAUUUAGAAUUAAAUGGUUUUACAUUGC